AUGAAAAAAUUGGACCGUUUCCACAUGAUGAUAGUUGCGCAGUACUUUUUGUUUACACAAGACUUUGUUCUCCUCCAAAUGGUGUGUAAGAAGUAUGAAGAGCUUCUCUUGAUGUAUCACUUCAACCCUAUUUCAAAUGCAUCGAUAUUCCCAAACAUCGAGACGCAGCAUCUUUACUCCCUUGCAGACAAAAAGCUCCCUCAUAUUAUGCACUUUAUAUACCAUUACCCUAUUACAUAUACUAAUUACUUGAAACGCAUUGAAACAAUUAAAAAAGACCAAAAUGAAGGAAAAAAAGUGCCUCAAGAGACAUACCUCAAAAUUGCUUUUUGUCGUGAGGAUCCUUUCAUACAAAAAGGUGAUGUGUUGUAUAUACCAGAAGGCGUCACUCAUAUAGAAAGUGUUAAUAUACAAAUGCGUACAACUAAAAUCGUUUUCCCAACAACUGCAAAAGUCAUUUGUCAACGCGCCUUCAUGUAUAACUAUUCAAAUUACGUUUUUAAUGAGGGUUUGCUUUUUAUUGAAAAAGAAGCGUUUUUGGGAAAUAGUUUAUAUAACAUCACAUUGCCCAAAACAUUAAUUAAUGUUGGGUCUUGUGCGUUUAAAAAUUGUGAUAGUUUAACUAAUAUCACAAUUCUUGGUAAAACACAUUUCACUUCUUGUUGUUUUCAGGGGUGUAAGCAUUUAAAACAAGGUGACGUUGAUAAAAUCCCAAGACAUGCUAUGAACUGA